ACUUGUGGUUGACGUGUACACGAUGGACAUCGAUGACAAAACAGUACUGGCGGAAGUUGAUACAUUGAACUUGGAUAUUCCGUUCGCAUUAUUCGUUAAAUUUUUUUUAGGGUGGAAUUGUCAAAAACAUCUACAAAUUUUUCUCCGCUACCUAAUUCCAGUAGUCUGUUUCAUCUUGUUUAUUAUUGAUUUUUGUGAUUGGGUGUACAAUGGUCACGAAAGCACUUACGAAGUCGGCAAGGUGCUGAGUUAUCAACAAAGUCCCAUAAUUUCUUUGUUAAGUUAUAUGACCAGCCAGAUUUCGUAUAUGACCGCAUCGGCUGUGCUUUUUGGAUUUAUUGCCAAAAGCAGUCACAUCCGGUCCGCCCUGUAUCAGAUGACAAAUGCCGGUUAUUGUGGCACUGCCCGCCAUGGAGUCAACAGCAACAACAUCAUGGUCAGUGCGCGCAUUAAAUGGUUGUACUUUGGCUACUUCUCACUGGCUGUGGCAGCGACCAUUCACGUGGCGACCUCUCUGGUGUUUUUUUACGACGCGCUGGUGGCCACCCGUGACCAGUUCUGGAAACCGGAACCGUACUUCGUCUGGCAUAUUCCAUCCGGUCUGAAUGACCUUUUCCAGCGCAUUCCGCUGUUGUUUGCGCGACUGCUGCCGUUUGUUUUCUAUGUGCUUUAUUAUUAUCUGGCGACACUGCUGACCAAUAGAAUUGUCAGUCUCAAUGUCAAAUUGAACUUGUCCAUACUGGGAGUGAAACUGGAUUCGGUUUGCUUUGAGAGCAGUUUGUUGUUGCUGCAAGCGGAAGAUGAAGAAUUGGCCACGAUUGUUGGUUCGCUGAGCAGCGGCUUUUCUUUGGUAUUAGCGGGAGGGAUUUUUGGUAGUUUCCUGCAGAUCUGCUCUUCGACGGCACUGUGUUUCGUGUCGAAUAUGUUUUCCACGCCAUGGAGUUAUAUCCGGCAAGCAAUUUUUAUUGCCGCUACAUUGAUUGUGUUGCUGAUGUUCUUGCUGUCUGGAGCUCGGUUACACGAAGCGGGAAAAGAAGCGAAACGCUUAUGGACAGACCUGAUUAUUUCGCACCAGGACUAUCGAAAAAAGAUCUUGCCCAACGUAGACGAUGCUAGACUGAUGUUCUCCCUCUACAGAAUUAGUCAACGAAGUGAAUGUUUAACCUUGGCCGAUUUCGUACACCUGACGAGAAGCAUUGCAGCAACAUUUGUCUUCGCAUUUAUCGGAUAUCUAUGCUUUUUGGUGGAAAGGUCAGAACAUUUCCAGACGGAUGAAAAAUUAACGGAUGCUCUGCGGAACAAUCUGACACUGGUUCAUAACGUCAACGUGACUCAUAGUUGACGAUAAAUUACAUACUUAUAAACUGACUGAUUUAGCUGAAACUCGAUCAAGCAUGACAGUACAGUAUAUUGCUUCUGAAAUUUAUUAACUUGUCAUGUUAGCAUUAAUACUGUGUCUGACGGCACGGUACGUAUUAAACUACCAGUAU